AUGGCUGAAGAAAUUAAGAAAUAAGAAGAAGUUUUGGAAAUGAACAAUCCUUAAGAAGAAGAAGGUGAACCCUACUCAUGCUUAGAAGAGUACUUUGUUGAUUGCUGCAGAUAUAACGACUUAGAAGAAGCUAAGGACUGUAUUUAGCAAGGAUGCGAUAUUACAUGGUUUGAUAAUAGAUUAAAUAAUGCCAUUCAUAUGGCAUGUGCUAAUGGACAUGUUUAAGCUCUUAUGUUAAUUAAAGAAGAGUUAGAUAAAUGGGAAAACUAAGAAGAAAAGAAAUAGAAAUUUAUUAACCAUAAAAAUUGUGAUUAAAAUACUGCUUUACAUUGGGCCGCUAUUAACGGAUAAAAAGAAGUAAUUGUUUACAUGCUUGAAGCAUUAAAAGCUGAUCCUAAUAUUUGCAAUUCUCUUAAAAAAACUCCUUUUGAUGAAGCUGUUGUUUUCAACUAAAAAGAAUGUGCAGAAAUAUUGGCUAAAGUAACUAAAGAAGAUAUGUCAAUUUAUGAAGGUUUAGAAGAUUAUGCUAAUAACGAAGAAGUAAAAAAGGAAGAAACUAUGAGCGAUUCUUGA